AUGAAUACCGCGAUUUUCUUGUAUUCUGUGACGUGCCCACCUUACAGAGAGGACACAUUUACUAGGUUAUAUCCCGGGGCUAAAUUUGAUCAUUGGAAUUUGGCCAGUGUUAAAAAUGCCCAGCUGGCAGGGGCCAAAGAAGUUAUUCUCUACUCAGACCCUGCUGACUACUUUGCUCCUGGGGUGAAGUCCUAUCCAGACAGUUGGAAUCUUCCUGGAGGUGGUGUCCAGCAUGGAAAUAACCUAAAUCUGAAUGGUGCAGGAGACCCUCUCACACCAGGUUACCCAGCAAAUGAAUAUGCUUAUAGGUGUGGAAUUGCAGAGGCUGUUGAUCUUCCAUGUAUUCCUGUUCAUACAAUUGGAUGCUAUGAUGCACAGAAGCUCCUAGAAAAAAUGGGUGGCUCAGCACCACCAGAUAGCAGCUGGAGAGGAAGUCUCAAAGUGCCCUGCAAUGUUGGACCUGGCUUUACUGGAAACUUUUCUAUACAAAAAGUCAAGAUGCACAUCCACUCUACCAAUGAAGUGAGGAGAAUUUACAAUGUGAUAGGUACUCUCAGAGGAGCAGUGGAACCAGACAGAUAUGUCAUUCUGGGAGGUCACCGGGACUCAUGGGUGUUUGGUAGUAUUGACCCUCAGAGUGGAGAAGCUGUUGUUCAUGAAAUUGUGAGGAGCUUUGGAACACUGAAAAAGGAAGGGUGGAGACCUAGAAGAACAAUUUUGUUUGCAAGCUGGGAUGCAGAAGAAUUUGGUCUUGUUGGUUCUGCUGAGUGGGCAGAGGAGAAUUCAAGACUCCUUCAAGAGUGUGGCGUGGCUUAUAUUAAUGCUGACUCGUCUAUAGAAGGAAACUACACUCUGAGAGUUGAUUGUACACCGCUGAUGUACAGCUUGGUAUACAACCUAACAAAAGAGCUGAAAAGCCCUGAUGAAGGCUUUGAAGGCAAAUCUCUUUAUGAAAGUUGGACUAAAAAAAGUCCUUCCCCAGAGUUCAGUGGCAUGCCCAGGAUAAGCAAAUUGGGAUCUGGAAAUGAUUUUGAGGUGUUCUUCCAACAACUUGGAAUUGCUUCAGGCAGAGAACGGUAUACUAAAAAUUGGGAAACAAACAAAUUCAGCGGCUAUCCACUGUAUCACAGUGUCUAUGAAACAUAUGAGUUGGUGGAAAAGUUUUAUGAUCCAAUGUUUAAAUAUCACCUCACUGUGGCCCAGGUUCGAGGAGGGAUGGUGUUUGAGCUAGGCAAUUCCAUAGUGCUCCCUUUUGAUUGUCAAUAUUAUGCUGUAGUUUUAAGAAAGUAUGCUGACAAAAUCUACAAUAUUUCUAUGAAACAUCCACAGGAAAUGAAGACAUACAGUGUAUCAUUUGAUUCACUUUUUUCUGCAGUAAAGAAUUUUACAGAAAUUUCUUCCAAGUUCAGUGAGAGACUCCAGGACUUUGACAAAAGCAACCCAAUAUUAUUAAGAAUGAUGAAUGAUCAAUUCAUGUUUCUGGAAAGAUCAUUUAUUGAUCCAUUAGGGUUACCAGACAGGCCUUUUUAUAGGCAUGUCAUCUAUGCUCCAAGCAGCCACAACAAGUAUGCAGGGGAGUUAUUCCCAGGAAUUUAUCCCGAUGCUCUGUUUGAUAUUGAAAGCAAAGUGGACCCUUCCAAGGCCUGAGGAGAAGUGAAGAGACAGAUUUCUGUUGCAGCCUUCACAGUGCAGGCAGCUGCAGAGACUUUGAGUGAAGUAGCCUAAGAGGAUUCUUCAGAGAAUCUGUAUUGAAUUUGUGUGGUAUGU